AUGCGAAAUUCUGUAUCCAAAGACUUGCCCAACUUUUCGCAAAUUAUGACAGAAAAAAUAAAAAUGAUGGAAUUUUACAAUACAGUGAGACAGCUUGGCAAAGGUACUUUUGGCACAGUCCAACUAUGCGAAAGGAUUCACAACAAACAAAAGAUCGUCGUCAAGCAAAUUGUGACGGAAUUGGAAGGACAACAGCUGGAGGCAGCCAAAAAUGAGGUGGUCAUCCUGAAAUCCCUAAAUCAUCCCAACGUCAUUCAAUAUUACGACAGCUACAUACAGAAGGGACUGUUUUAUAUCGUUAUGGAAUACGCCAGCAAAGGAACACUCCAGGAGUCUAUCGAGAGAGAAAGGCCAAAAUAUUUCACACCUCAAGUUUCGAACAUAGUUCUAUCCAUCGCCAAUGGACGAAAAAAAACCGUCAACACUAAAGUGUACGGUAAACAAAUGCAAGAAAUAAUUGACAUGAUGCUUCAGCCGCGUCCAGAAGACAGACCCGAUACUCUGGCUCUUAUGACGCAUCCGGAUAUCUUUCCUUCUUUGUAUUACUUGGGAAGCUAUCUUGGAUGCAUAGAAUAA